CCUCCUUUUCUGUGACCGGGCCGGCCUGCCCCGCCGUCGUCUGCCUCUGCCUGUCUGUUACUUUGCAACGCACCACUCCCGCCUUAAUCUCUCAUUCAACUCGCGCGGAGGGCGUUUGGAACAUUCCACCCGUUGCUGGGGCGUUAGGCGCACGCUCGCGAAGGUGCCGGUCCGUGUUGCCGUACUGUCGUAUCGCUGUCACGUUAGAUUUCGUCCAUUUCUGUUUGAGGUUGUCAGGAGAAAAUGGCCGCCAAGAAACUCAGGCUGGGUUUGAUCCAGAUGGCCGUCGGCGAUGACAAAGUGGAAAACGUGAAGAGAGCUGUGUCACUCAUAAAGAGAGCGGUUGAAAAUGGGUCUUCGCUGGUGGUGCUACCGGAAUGUUUUAACUCUCCCUAUGGACUGAAGCACUUCCCCAAGUAUGCCGAGUCAAUCCCACAAGGAGACACGGCAAAGGCACUCUCAGCUGCUGCGAAGGAAAAUAAAGUCUACCUCAUUGGUGGUUCCAUUCCUGAAAAUGAUAAUGGUCAACUGUACAACACAUGCACUGCAUGGGACCCUUCGGGAGAUCUUAUUUGUUCACACAGGAAAGUACACUUGUUUGACAUUGACAUUCCUGGGGGCAUUACUUUUCAAGAGUCAAAAGUACUGAAGCCAGGGAAGAGUUUGACCACAUUCAACAUUGGAGAGUGGAAAGUUGGGCUCGGGAUAUGCUAUGACAUGAGAUUUGCUGAGAUGGCUCGACUGUACUCAAAGUCUGGAUGUAAUCUUCUUGUGUAUCCUGGCGCAUUUAAUAUGACAACUGGGCCGCUUCAUUGGGAACUUCUCACAAAAGCUCGUGCCAUUGACAACGAACUGUACGUUGCUGCAGUGUCUCCUGCACAAGAUAAGACUGCCGACUAUGUGGCUUUUGGACACACUAUGGCUGUCGAUCCUUGGGGGAAAGUUGUCUCAGCUGCCCAAUUUGAGGAAGACAUUGUGUAUGCUGACAUUGAUUUAUCUGUUGUAGAAAAAAUGAGACAGCAGAUUCCUAUUUUAUCUCAGAGGAGAACAGAUCUCUAUGAUACCAUUUCUAAGGACUGACUUCUCCUAAAUUCACUAUUUGGAAGCUUCCUAUUGUUUUAAUUCAUAUUGGUGUUCAUAAAUAUUUUUUUAUUUGUUCACUUUAUGUGACUAUCUUAGUGCAUGCUUAUCGGGUGAAAGAAAAAACUCUAUUUUUAUAAACAUUGAAAAUAUAUUUGAAGACAAUGUCUUAUUUAUACAACAAAAGUAUACAACAACCUGGGAAAAACAAAUGUUAGAAAAUAAAGAUAUGAAUGAAAAA